GUGUGUGUGUGUGUGUGCUGAAGAGAGAGAGAGAGAGAGAGAGAGAGAGAGAGAGAGAGAGAGAGAGAGAGAGAACUUCCCAGCAUGGGGCAGGGGGGCGGGGGGCUGCCUCCUAGAAGAGACCGAGAUGUCCUUCAUGUAAACCGGUGACAAAGUGUCGAGCGGCGGCCUCAGAGAUCACAGCUCUGCACGGAAAGAGACAGAGAGGGAGAGAGAGAGGGGGGAGAAAGAGAGAGAGAGAGAGGGAGUACACCGGAGCAUCGAGCAUCGAGUAUAUAGCCACUGGAUCCACAACAACACACCGAAGAGACGGAGGAAAACACUCAGCUUCUGAAGAGCUUAAAACAGAGGAAACUAAUCCAUACGGAGCACCUUUAACCCACCGACAGGUAAGAUACACACCACCAUCUUUAACUCCAACCAGGGAGAUUGAUUUAGCAACACCUGCUCCGACAGGUCCGAAUAUUCAGCCAGGAUGCAACAUGACUAUCAAAGCCAAACUGAGGGUGGAUCAAACACAUUGUGCCACAGCUGCUGUAGCCAAUAAUAUAAAACACAUGAAAGAGCCUCCAGGUCAGUUUAAACUCACUAAUGAGCAGCACCAAACUCCAUUAGAGAAAUUAUCAUUUUUGGCAACUUGACCUCAAGCUUUGUUGUUACAGCUGCGUAAUGUUAAAUUAGCAAGCGAGCAGGUUUUUAGUGGACCAUUUCUUUAAGUUUGUUAUGCAAUUGGUUAUAUCCGCUAAUUCAGAUGCCUCAACUAACCUAUAGGCUAACAUUUUAGGGUGGUGAAAAAAAUCUAAGUAAACUAAUUUUAAACCAAAAAUGAUUGUUAAGAUCACAAAUAUGUUUUUCUUCAGUGACCAGAUCUCUAACGACAUUUAAAAAAUCAUUUGAGAGAUGUACUGUCUUUUCAUCUCUUUAUGUGUAGACUUGGUUUGGUUAGUAUUAGCAUAAAUUAUACAGUGGCCCUAAAGGUCCACUGCAAAAUAUUUUAUGGCUAAAAAAAAAGUGUCAAAAACACCUAACACAAAUUUUAAAAAAUGCAUUAACUCUUAAGACUUUACAUGAAAUACAAAAAAGUUUAAGCAACACAAUUGUUUAAAUAGGAAUAAAAAAUGGAAACACAUCUUAAAUCAUACAACAUUUUCCAUAACAUAAAAAAAACAUUAGUGAAAUGCAAAAACAGCAUAAAUGCGUUACAAAAUGCAAGUCUUUCAAUAUACAAAAUUAAGAAAUGCAAAAAACAUCACCUCACAAAACAUUCUAUGAAAACAAAAAUAUUUAACUCAAAAUUAUUUUUGAAAAACAAAUAUUAAACAAAAUGCAAAAAAGAUCUAACCUCCCAAAAAUGUCAUAAAACCAAAAAGUAUUUCAUAAUAAGCAAACAUUGCUCAUAAACAUUUAAUUAAAACGCAAAAAUAUUUUACCACACCAAAACAAUUUGAGAAAUACAAUGUCAUAUUUUGUGAGACUGGGUAAAGAUGAUUUUUUUCUGGUGUUUGAUGAAACAGCUCUGCACUUAUGUAAUCUUUUUCUUCAGUGAAACAAUCUGAAGUGUCAAUGUGAAGUGUUUUUUUGUUGUCGUUUUUUAUGAGACAUUUUUGGUUUCACUGCAUGUUUUUGAAGUUGACCUCUGUCAUUAUAAAAUUGACUAUGAUGGCUUUUAACCACCAGAUAUCACACUGAAUAGUAAAUGGAUUAACAUUAAUAUAGUUAAAGCUUGAAAAAUGUUAAUGCUGGUGCUCAGUAGGCAACAAUGAGCCAAACCUGGGUGUAAUUUGAGCAUUUUUAUUUUUGUAUUUUUACACAUUAAAUCAAGUGACACUAAUACGAAAAGCACACUUAAAACAAUUAAUGCAAAGUGCUGUUCAACUGAGAAAGACUAAGACACUUCUUCAGUACACAAACAGCACUGAUGAAAGAAAAAAAACAAAUGUGUGUCUAUUUUCUUCAGGCUGUGUUGUAGCAGGGUCACACCUGCCCUGUUUAGGAGCAUGUGGUCAUGUCCAGCAGAUUUGUGUAAUUCGCGACAUGUAGGCUACACAUCGUCCAGCCUGCCCGUCAGAUUAAACAACCACGCAUGUCAUGCAGCUCAGCACGGUGCUUCAGUCUCACCUAAUUAGGCUCACCCUGUCUAUACUGGGUCACCACACGCAGAGAUAAACAGCCUGUGCAGGAUGUCUCACUUACACUGUGUACCAUCAGAUUUUAUACCCAGAGGCACAGGAAAGCUUCUUUACCUAAGUGUAUGAAUUUAAAUAGAUAUUUUGUUUUUAUCUAAACUAGAAUGACUUAUUUUGUAAUCUGAUUUAUGAUUGAUUUUUUUCUCAGACAAGUUAAAUUGAUCUGAUAAUGUAUUUCCUCUGUUACGGUCUAAUGUGUUGAUCUUUCUUCCAGACCUGUUUGUGGCUGCAGACAUGGCUGUCACCUCUCACCUACUGCUGGUAAUCUGUGCAUAUUUGGCGGCUACACUGAUUGGAGGAGCCAACUCAGAGGGGGUGUGUCUUCAAGAUGGCAAGCACAAGGUCACACCCGGCCCAGAGCCACACCUGAGGGAGUGUGGGCUGUAUGCUGACAGUGAGUGAAUAGCUGCUUGUUUUUAAACACCGUGAGCCUGUUUCAUUCAAAGAUUUUGACGUUAAAAUUUGAUCCACAAAAUUAUCUCAGUGUCUGCCUCUAUGAACCAGUCAAAAACUCUGGUUUUCAAAGAGCAGAUUUUCAUUACCACUGUCUCUGAGUGCUUGCUUAUUGCUGGAUUUAUGUUGGGUAACGGUAAAUAAUGGUACUGAGACUACAACAUAAACUUGUUCUCUAAUAUGGAAAACAGGCUAUCAAAAUCAUGGAUAUGAUCUCUUUGGCAUCACCCAUCGGUUUCUGAAGAGGGGUUUAAAGCCCAACUACGGUCGUUGCCAUAUUGGUAAUGUCGACUCAACCUAACUUUUGGUCUACAGGGACUCAGGCAAGGAGGAGGAAGUGCUUAGGCAAACAUUUGGCCUUCUGAUGAACAGCUAAAACCAAGCGACAGUCUUGAGAAAUGAAGUCAAUUUGGUAGUAUUAGAAAACUGCAGUUCCUUAAAUAUACACUUGAAGCAGGCCUCAAAAGUCUGAAGAGCCAGAUACACAACAAGACAACAAAGUUAAUAAUCUAACUUAACCAUGUUACUUUUGGUGAACAGCAUGCCUCAGCUUUUAUCUGUUGACUUCCAUCUUUGGGCUUCAUAAUUCCUCUUUAGAAAUGAAUGGAUGACACUACAGAGACACCGUCUUUGUUAUGUUACCACUUAUGUAUUUGAGGCAAAUAUUGCCACCUUGUAAAUGAUGGUAACUGAGAAAUAAAACAAGAAUUUCACAUUUGUAUGACCUAAACAAUGCAAUGAUUUAAAGAUCAUUUUUGUUGUCACGAGAACAGUGUGGAGUUGAGUUGGUACAAGGCGGUCAUUGGCUCAACCAAAAGCACAUACGUGAAUGUGUCACCAGACUACGAAAUAGACUAAUCUGACUGUAUGUGUUACUUUUCUUGUCUCUGGUUUAGUUCAAGUGCACAUACCCUUUCACACACACUUUAUCUGACUAAUCUGAUUGUACUCACACACAUUCAUACACCAUUGGUUAUACCUGUGAGAGUAAGCAUCUCUGCCAACACUCAAACUGGAGAAGCAGAGUCAUUUUCCAAUGCAUUGAUUGGAAAAUGACCCGUUUCACCUCUGAGCCACGGCUGCUGUCACUCGAUUGCUACAGUGAGAUAUUUGGAGACUGUGUGGAGGAGUUAUGCGGGUGGUAAAACUGGCAUAACAUCCACAGAGUUUGGGUUUCAUUGCUAUCUGGAGAGAGAGCCCAUCAUUUUGUUAUGGACAGGAUUAAAACCCUGUCAGCAUGUGAGCUCGGCCCUGCAGCAGAGAGUGAAGGUGCUGACAGCUCCCCUACUAUGAGGUGCAUUUAAUACCUGAUUGCACUGAGCUGUAAAAGUUUGCUGACAUGUUUUCAAUGAUAUAUGAUUGUUUUUUUGUGUGUGAAUCAGGCUGCAGGGCAAAUAUUAUUUGGAAGUGAAGCCCCUGAGUGUUUAAUAUUGUUGUGUCUACCUGUGAUGAAAAUAUCAGAUUGAAUCUCCUGACGGCGGCUGGUUGAUUUUUUCUCGUCUCUGCUGACAGACAGCUGCUGCACAGAAGAAGACAUCCAGGAUAUCUCCCAUGUUCCCACUGAUACCAACAAGAAUGAACCCUGGGACAAGUGUGGCACACUGAGCCUUGAGUAAGUCUCACCUUCAAGACCAGUUAUAUCUUUUUGUUUCUGACUCUUCAGCUCAUAAUGUCAAAUCAAGACAGAACAUUUACUUUUAAUCGUCCCUAAAAAGUAUCAGGGUUAAUCUUGUGUCCAUACUUUGAGACUUCAGUUCAAAACUUGGUGUACUAAGCUCUUAAAAAUGCUUAGAUGCUGCUGCUAAACUGACAGAUAUUGAGUUCAGAAGUUAGAGUGGUGACCAAAACCUGAGCUUAAACAAGCCUAACUGAGAGAGACAUUCAAAUACAGUGAAUUAACAUAUCUGCUAGUGUAAAAACAGCAUUAGUCUGAAUAGAGUUGGAAAUCACAGCAGUCCUUUUAGGGCCUGUGUCCACUUACUGCAAGUAGCAGUUACAACCGCAAUUUUUAGAGUGCUUCUUGCUGACCCUUACUGUGUCAAGGUCAUGAAAGAUGUCCCAGAGCACAACUGCUUCCCUUAGUAGUGACCAUUAUAUCUGUUUUAUUUUACCUCAUAUUUAAUUAUUCAAAUGGCUUCUCCUUUGUUUAGACACUAACAGUUUUUCUGAACAAAUUUGGCAUUAGAGACCCCGCCCCCUCCCUAAUUGCGAUUGGUCAGGGAUAACAAGUUGACAGGAGAAGCAAAGCAAUGUUAAAAAAAUCAUGAUGUCAGUAGGGGUGUUUUUGCACUUAACCCUGAAAAUACUGGAAUGUUUUGGUUCAGUGUAAAUAACAGGUGCUGUUAGAGGACACAGGCCCUUACUGGCUCAUCUCAAAAGUUCACACCAAACACGAAUGAAAUCAUUUGCGUGAGUGGAUUACAUUCAAAGUCAAUGAAGAGAUGAUUUCCUGUCAGGUGACUUAAAUGACAAGAAUGAAUUGAGCAGAUUCAUCUUGCAAAUGGAAGAGAAACUGAUUGUGUUGUACAUGGCUACCCAAGCUAAAGGAUACAGUCUGAUUUUAUCAAUGAUUCAAUACUUGAUUAAUUGUUUACACGCCUUAUUUAAAAAUUUGUGGUCGUGAAGCAGUGCGGUCCAGUAUGGGACUCAAAACCUUUGCUGUGCCCAUGUUGUUCAAUGUUUGUCCAUCUUGUCUCUCUGUUUGUCUCGUCUUUGUCAUGUUUUUGGUCUCUCAACUUCGCCUCAUUUUUUUCUACAAACCCAGUCGGGCACACCCAUCUGAUUCUUCUAGAGGUUUUUGGAGGUUCCUGGCUGUGCUAUGUUAAUUUUGCAGACUGCUUGCUCAUCUGACUUCAAAAAUAAAAGGUUUAAUUGGUUGAUUAAUCCUUUUAGCAUGGUCUUGGCUGGAUUUAUCCCUGUGUUAAUGGGUUAAUCCCUGUCCUGACGUACCAAAAGGUACCUGAGAAGAGAAUCAGGGCAAUGUGGCACAAACAGACUGGACCGGAAACAUUAAAUUAGCACAGUAAACAUGCUCCAUAAAGACUCUCACUGGAAUCAGAGACAUCAAACUGCAUAAAAAUAUCAUUUUAACUACCAUGUGUAAUUGUUUUCUGCUGAGUUGGCCUUCAGGGUUGGCAAAGGUUUAUUAUAUUUGUUCUAACUGGUUCCUUUCAUCUCUCUCUCCUCAGAUGUGAAGGCUUCCUGAAGCGAGUGUCAUGUUUUUACCGCUGCUCCCCGGAUGCCGCACGCUGGCCUCACCCCCACCGCCGCUCGUACAUCCAGGCUGUGCCGCUCUGCCACAGCUUCUGCCGUGACUGGUGAGGCCAACAAGCGCAAGGCUAAAAACAGGAACACACAGUUGAACACGCGGCUAAACAUGCGGCUAAAUCAGAAUGAGUAUCUGUGUGUGAGUGUAAGGAGAGAGAUUAGCAGCCAGUGGAACAACAGCAGACUGUGAUGUAUUUCACAGAUAAUGAAGUCACAUCAAUCUGAGUUUUCCUAUAAAGUAGUGUAUAAAAAUUUCACUACUAUAUAAAAAUGAGAAACAGCUUUGAUCGUAGUUGCUCUACUUUUAGACACAAGUAGGGCUCUUGGUACCAGCAUACUUCCCUAAAUCUGAUCUUUAACUACUGAAAACACUGAGGUUGAAGGUACACAUAAACGAUAUAUUACAAGACUGAUCCUUCAUCAUAUUUACACAUGUAUGAAAAACACCACAAUGUUUUAAUCUAAUUUUAAAGGUUCAAUCUUUUUUUUAUUUUAGGUUUAAUGCCUGCAAGAUGGACAUGACAUGUGCUCGUAACUGGGCCAGAGACCCCAGAGGACAGAACUGCACUGGGAACUGUGUCCAGUAUCAGCAGGUAGGCCUGAAUUCAGCUCACUCCUAAAUGGCUGCUGGGGAUAUUUGUUUAUUCUGUGUUUUUUGUUUUUUUUUAAUUUAUGAAUCGUAAGUGUUGUUAGCCCCUGAGACAACACAACUUUCCAAUAUUCUGACCAUUUUUGUCCCAGUCACUCCUCAGCAGCAGAGUUAAGAGGUUUGAACACUUUUGACUUUUGAGCUUCAGACUGCUCAUUUCAGCCAGUUCCCCAUCUUAUUUUUUCUUUUUUUCUCUUUUCUUUUGUCACUUUUCUUUAUUUUAUCUUAUUAAACAUUUUAUCAUCUAUUCCUGUGUCAUUUUUUCUCGUUUUCUUCUUCCUUUUCUGUAUACAUUUCUUUGUCAUUUGUUUUUCCCCUUUUUGUUAUCUUUUCCUUUACUUCUUUCUGUUUCUUUGUCUUUUCUGUCUUGCCCUCUUCUUCUUAUAUCAUUUUUCUUUUCACUUUUACCACCCAUUUUGUUCCUCUUUCCUUCUUCUUGUACUUUCUUGUUCCUUUACUUUUUUGCAAUCAGAAAAAUGUUUUUCUCUUCAUCCUUUUCUUGUUUUCUUUCUUUUUCUAUUUCCUUGCUAUCCGCUUUCUUUUUCCUUUUCUUUUCUCGUUGGUUUAUUUCUUUUAAUCCAUCACUUAAAUAUAGAUAUUUUUUAUUUACAUGCUUUAUUUUUCUUUCCUUUCCUUUUUGUUGGUCUUUUCUACAGUUUUGUUCUUUGAAUUCUUUGUCUUUUUCUUCUCUUUUUUAUGACUUUUCAGAUUUUUUGUCUUCCUUUCUUGUCUCUUUUCGUAUUCUUUUCUGUCCUUCAAUUCCUCUGUACAAAUUGCUUUCCUUUUGUUUAUUUUUCCUUUUCUUUUCUGUUUUUCUCCUCUAUCAUCAUUGUCUUUCUUUUUAUCAUCAAGUAUUUUUCUUCUUUUUUUUUCUUUCAUUCUUUCUCUCCUCUUUUUUUUUUUUAUUAUGUGACCACAUUUACUCCAACAUCAGAGCUCUCUGGGCUUUUUGGCUCAGGUUAGAUUAUUACUGGAAAUUACUGAUUCGUAGGAUCAGCGCCAGGAUGCACAGGAGGAUAUGUAAGUGUGUGUGUGUGUGUGUGUGUGUGUGUGUGUUUGUACCCUGGUGCCUCUGCUUUGUGUACUGUGGUGCUUUGUGAGCUUGUUUUGGCCCACUUUCAUGAAGUGCUCCUCUAAUGGCCUCAAAUGAGUUCCAAUAAAUUUCAGUAGCUUUUAAAACAGCUUGAAUGUAAAUAACUCCUGAAUACAAAGAAUAACUCACUGCAUCCUGCAAUGUAACAUUACAGAGACAACAAACACGCGACUACCUUUUUUAACAAAUACAGAAAUCACAGCAGUAAGACUUCACUCUGUAUUUCAGCCAAAAAGCCUUUUUAUGAACCAAUUGGAGGAAAAUUUAGCAGGAUAACUUAGAGAUCUUUGAGUUUCAAACAUUUGAAGUUGAUAAAAUGCUAAUGAAACCUUGUUAAAAUACCUCUCAUAUCCUUCUUAUAUACUGAAGCCCAAAUGCUGUUUGUGUUUGCAUGUGAGGAAUAAAUGCACGCACAUUCAGCCAGGAUUCAUAAAUGCUCGCUGCAGUAGACGUCUAUUUGCAUAGAAAUAAGCUAAUACAUAUAAAGGCACUCAUAGGCAGACGCACUCACAUCCACUGCAUGCAGAAAUCCCUCUGGCGCUCUGUCUCUCUGUCUCUUUGUCCUCUUUGGUAACAUUAUUUACCAGCCAAGGUCUUAUUUAUCCCAGAGUGAGACACUCUUUCUGCUCUGGAUUUUUGUGCGAAUGAGGUUACAUCAGCAGAGAGAGGCCGUGACUGUGCUGGACGCUUUGUACAAAACACAUCAAGGACAGCACGAGUGGGUUUUAUAAAAGAAGAUCUAUAAUCUGAGGAGAGAAAUGAUCCUGGGUUUCUAAAGAACAUUUUCAGACACUACUUUAGAUUAUAGCUUCAAAUUUACAGCAGAAAAACAGUGCAGAUGAGUUUAUUUUAUAUUGAGUCUAAAAUAGUGGGUCCUGUGCAGAGGCAAAAAGUGCCCAUGUGUCUUUAUGAGACACAGAGGGCAACAAAAUUUCACAUUUGGUGACUUGGGAAUCAUAACAAACAGACUAUCUCAUCUGCUGAAUCUAGAUGUACCUCACCUCACAGGGCUCUUAAAUAUCUGCACAUAUCAUAUAAUAUUGAUAUUCUUUUUUUAUUGCCCUGCUGUCUUAAAGCUCCCUUAAGGAGUUUUUGACAGCUGAAAUUCACAUUGAGGCCUUUUCAUUAUAUCCUAGAGCAAACAAGACAAUCAACAACAAAAUGAAGAUUUUUAUAUCCUAGUUUUGAAUGCCUGAAAUUGGUGCAUGGGGGUAGGUGUAGCCUCGCAGCUGAAGAAACAGCCUAGUUUUACAAUUUCCACAUAAAAUGUUCACAAUAAAUGAUACAUCUGACUGUCAAAAGUCAGCUGGAUAAGAUUUCUGGUCAUAAUUCGCCACUUGAACACGUAGAGGGUGAGAUUAGAAAAGACUGUUAAUCCACAGAGGGCUCUCCACUUGCAUAAACAACAUGGAGGGUAUGUGUCUCAGCACAAAACUUUGGAUUUGCAGUUGAUAUCUGAUCAGUCACAACAGAGUCCAUACCCUGUUGUGGUUUGUGGUUGCAUCACAUCUGUUUUCUUUAAUUUGGUUGAUGUCCCUCUGACUGAUUUCAUUGCUGUUUCCUACUUUUAAUCUUUUUGUUCCUGCUGUUGACUGGUUAGACGUUUACCUCCAAAAAGUUUGUGUCAGGGAUUUUAUUUCCCAUCAUGAAGAAAAAGCUUAUUUUUUACUUUUCCACUGCAAAUAUUUAAAAUGAGAGACAUGUUUGGAUGUUUGGAGAGAGACAGACUAUUAUUACCUGAGGAUCUUUGAUUAUUUGUAAUAAUCGUGGGGGAUGUGUUUGUUUUUAAUCAGUCAAAAAUGAUAUAGAUGUUGUAAAUUAAGGCUUUGACACCUUUUAAGUGAAAAUUUAGAAGAAUCAUUUCAUUACACUAAAGUGAAACUAUUUCUUCAGUGUUGAUCAGUAAGUAUAACUGCUUUAAACAACAAUGAAAACUAACGGCUUUUCUUCCAUCACUCACAGGAAAUUACACAAUGAGCCAUGACAUAUGCUUAAAAACCACCAAUAAAUCAUACAGUGAAAUGUUCAGACAGCUCCAUAGCUUUAUAUGUCUGAAAACACUGGUCGUACAAGAUAAAAAUAAAAAACAGGUUUGUCCCUCUCUCUGCAGAGGUCUCUUAGCAUGGCUGAAUUCAAAAACAAAUUGUGAGUUUUUAUGUUUAUUGCUGAUUGAUUCGGGUUGUUAGACAUUUAUGCCUGAUUGUUGUUCCUCUUAUGGGUGGACCAUGCUGCUUUUGGUAAAUAACUUAAAAGGAGAGCAUGGCUUUAUUUAUGGUUGCUUGGCAACCAAAUCCCCUGUGCAGACACUCUCAGAUCAAUAUUUCACACCCUUGAAUAUAGAGGAAGACAAGUCAGAAGUUCAUCUCAGUACAAACAGCUUCAUUGGGUGGUGGUUUAUUAAUUACUAGAUAUGGACGUCUUCUUCUUUUCAGCAGGCUGUACACUGUAGCGUGUGAUGCUGCCACCAGAAACAUGGUGGAUGCACCUCGGCGUUUGCAAUCAGUAAUGUCAGCAAAUUCAAGUAAAUGAUGUACUUCACAUAGUCUGAGCCAAAGUGCCUCACCAAACACUGACUUCAGGGGGUACUUUACAAAUGACCAGAGGUCCACACGCAAUGAUAGUCUUGUUCAAGUAGCACUUUACCCAUGUCAAGGUCUAGAUCAGCAAAGAGAUGAGAUUCAACUUUGUCCUAAAGGAGCACCGAGUACAACACAAGCAGACGUUUCUCACAGGAGCGUUAAAUACAGAUUGGCUUGUGCCCAUGACCCGCCUUUGACAUAUUAUUUGCGUGUUUUCCGGUCCUCAGUGAGUUUGUCUGUUGCUUUGACUUGAAGAAUAAAUACAGAAAUACUUUUCUAAUUCUGACCCUGACCCCCAGCUAGGAGACAGCUUAUGAAAAAAAAAACACUUUUGUCAUUGCAAACUCCCUCCAAGACUUAAGCCUUUUCUCCUUUCUGUUUCCUUUUCACACUGAGUGGUGAAGUGUCGUGUGGUUUCAGGGAGCAGGGCAAAACUGGAAAAGAUAAAGUCAUGAUGGAUGACGGGGGAUAGAGCUGCAGGAAAUGUCACUAUCUCACUUAUUCGAUUGCACUGUGUCAUCUAAAGCCACUUAUGUUUGUUCUGAAUUAGCUUUGGCAGCUAACCCUGUCUGCCCGCCUGGGGAGGGACGGAAAUAUGAGUGUGUGUGUGUAUGAUGCGUACACUGAGAUAACACCUGAGUGUCAGACAGAGGGUGUACAGUGAGUGGAGUGGAGAGAAAUCCUCUCUGUCCUUUGAACACGGUAAAUAUAUUACAGUUUUUUUCUGCUCUGAGCGCCCGGUGUGACUCAGUUUUUAAUCCCCCAGCAGACAGGAGGAUGAAAAGAAGCAGACGUAUGGGGGGGUUUGAAGAGGUGGAUGUGCCAUGGAGAAAAAAAGAAAGAACAAAAGAGAUGUACAAACAAAGAGUGCAGAAAUGAACCAGAAGAAUAGGGCGAAAAAAAGCAGAAAGGAAAUGAAGUGGAAGUGAAAUAGGGGACAAAGCGAGUGGUAGUAGGAGGCAGAGCAAUGACUUGGCAGCAGAUCUUAAUGAGUGCGUAUAAAGCUGUCACUGGAGGCAGAAUGGGAGCUUUAACACUAAAAGGCAUGACAUGUGUGCCUGAAGUUGACUAAUUAGCUUUGCCAACUAUUUCUAAGUGUGUAUGUGCAGACCUUUUUACAGUUAAACAGCUUAAAUGUUGAAUACUGAUUUGUUGUUUUUUUUUUAUUAUUUUGCAGCGCAGUGCAACAUUUCCUUUAAUCCACGUACAUGUCUUAUUAGAGAGGAGUUUCAUUUUCAUGCUCCACAAGUUUAUACGCUUGUGUCAGCAGGAACUGGAGUUUCACCUCGAAAUAUAACUCCAGAAACGCUGAGCAAUGAGGUGAUUUUCCUGUCUGGAGAGAAAUCAAAGAUGCCGCACCUUCCCGAUUAGUUCCUGAUCUGUGUGUCUGCUCUGCGAGGAUUGACAGAAACAUCAUCUCUCUGUGAGGAAAUAAAGUCAGAUACCAGCGAGAGCUUAUCAAGGUCGGCGUAUAUUAUAUUUUGUUCUUGAGGCUGGUGCAGACGAGGUGAGAUGAGCUACAGAGGCAGACAGGCUGCGUUCAAGAGCAGCUGCCAGGUGCCUGCAGGCCGCCUCUUAACACCUGGCAAAGGGUGUUUGUUUUGAAGGCCAGCGCUGCCCUGAGAGGCCGAAAUCAAUUCUACCAGUGGAUGUUUACAAGUGAGGAGAGGCUGCACUUGAUAAACACAACAAGAAGUGUGCAAAUCAUGUCAGUUUACUGCGACACUACAGCACCAUGGCUACUUUUCCAUUUGUACAAAUUCAACACAGUUUGUGGGUGUUACUUUUUACACAGCUUUGAUUUCAGGAAAUGACCCAAAAGUCAUGCCUUCAUGAAGCAAGCUGUAUCCAUGUUUGCUCCUCAAUAUGCAAGACAUUGGUGAUUAAUUUUUGUAAUAUUUCCUCCAGUUUGUGGUUCUGAACCAUCAUUGAAGGUCUUUAUGUUUCAGUACCAGUUGAGCUGUAAAUUCAGCUUGUCCUGGCUUUUGUGUAAGGAACCUUCUGUCUAGAGGUGAGUACAAACAGGUUCACUGUGCCUGUUGUCGUCUUUAAAGUAUUAAAACAUCCUCCUACUUUUUCAGGUGUCUGCAUCUUUGGGAAGAGAAACAGCUGCAAAUUUCUUUUACAUUUAUGCACUACUUUACGAGGCAUACUGAAUCUAAAAAAUGCAGAGUAAGCAAAAAGAUGCACAAUGGAAUAAUCAUUCUUGGUGAAGGUGAAUCUGAAAGAGCUGCAGGGUGCACACGUCCUUCAUCGUCCAGUCAAUUAGAGAGUAAAAGUUAAAAAAACGGGUCAACCUGGAGGUUCAGUCUGAUCAGAAUGAUUCAUGUAAUACCCUAAUAACUGUGCAAUAUCAAGCAACAUAUUCCAGCUACCAGACUGUGUGUGGUUUUCAAUGUGUUAAUAAUGCAGAACAUUCAAGUUAAAUAGCCAAACAAGAUAGAGAUUAGUACAGUAGAAAACCUGGGUCAUCAACUUUGUGCCAACUUGAAUCCAAGGCUACAUCUAGUAUUCAGAGUCACAAUUACACACAAAAUAUUUAAUACACUAUGUCUCAUUUACAGUACAUAUGUGCAUAAGAUAAGAAACAGAAACAAAAAUGAGCAUCCAAGAAUUUAAGAAAAACCAGUAUGAGCUCAAGAUAGCAUUGCACAAGACAAUAAACCUAUGAUCUGCCAAAUUAAACAAAAAGCUCAAUUUUUAAUAAGAUUUACUUGUGAGACAGUGCGUCAACUUGCAGUGAGGGAGAGGAGGGUGGAGAAGGAUCUUUGUUACUAUUGAAUGUAACCCUUUACCAGUGUUUUCAGACUGCUAGGGUUAAAGAGCUGAAAAAAAUAAAACAGUGGUUUUUCUUGUUUCAAAGUUAAUUUUCCAUCUAAAACUCCAGUACAAGCAGCAGAGUCCUUCCUGCCAUGUCACAGUAGAUUAAAUUUAUCUGGACUUCAUCCGGACCAACUUGUUUGAGACUGCUAUGUGGAUUUACUCAUGAAUAUCAUGCUCCUGUUAACCCUCUUAAAACCAGUACAGAAGUCACCUUUUUACAGUCUUUCCUGUACAGAAGUUUGGUCGUGUUUCUUCUCAUCUUAUUAAAAACAACAGUAUCAUGAUGUCUUGCAGCUUUUGUAGAGCAAACUUGACUGAAUGACAAGAUAUUUAUCUUGUGAUAGUUAUUUUUUUUUACCUCAAGCACAAAAAUGGUUAAAUUGUACAUUUAAGAUAAUCAUCUUAUAUAGAAAGUUAUCCUGUCCGUUUUAAUCAUGUUCACUUUUACUUUUAAUGCUUUUAGUGAGACUAUUAUGAUGAUUAUUUAUUGGGCAUUUUGGGCAAUGAAAUCUUGAUCUGCCAGACAAGUGCUUAUGAAAUGGACCAAAAGCCAGAAAAUACCGGCUAAUGUAAACUCUGGCUCUAGAGACCCCCCUAACAGCAUUAUCAUUCUGAAAUGUUGCACACACCCCUGGCAUCGCCACAGCCACAAACACAGCCAAGUUGUUUUUGAUACAACUUAGUGGAGGAAAAGCAGUGCUGGGAGUUUUGUUGGCCAGAAGGUUACCGUGUACCAAUAGGGAUAAAAGAGAGAUAUUGUAUUAUUUUCUGUAGCUUUAUCCUCUUGUGCACAUAAAAUUGAAAAUACGUAAUCUGUGAGACCUUGAGAGCUCCAUCUGAGAGAGACCACUCUGCAUUAUUCUUUUACGUUUUAUACUUCAGGUACAUUUCCAAGGCCGUUAUGAACCACUAUCCAUUUUCCAGAGAAAGAAAAUAUCUUUUCUCCUCUAAUGAUGGUUUCUCUGUGUUUCUAUGUGUAUGCAGAUGUACCAGCACGGCAGGGACCUUUGUGAGAGCCUGUGGGGGGACGCCUUCAUGACAGUGGAGGAUGAGACAGAGGAGGCGGUAGAGAAUGGGGAGGCUGGAGCGGAAGGCGGCGGCAGCAGUCGUCCCUGCGGCUGCCUGACUCUGAGCCCCUCGGACAAAGACGUGAUCGCCGCCCUCAGAGCCCAGCAGGACGACCCUGAGGAACUCGACACCACCAAGACUGGCCUGCCUCAGUACCGGGCCCCCUGCCAGACCAAGCUGCCCCUGCCAGCCCGGGGCAUCAGGAAGGGGAACUCAGUGCUGCGUAAACGCUCGAUCGUGGUGGAUGAUGUGGAAGGGAGCGGGAGCGGCUUGUAGAGAAAAGUAAUAGAUGUAAACAUGUUUAGAGAUUAUUGUCUAGAUCCUAAUAAACAGAAUCUGUCUCUGGAGUUGUAGCCCUGCUCCUCUGACUUACCUUAGCACACAAACCUCCUUUUAUCAUUAUCAACACAGUCUAUGUAUAAUCUCUCUAGUUGAAGAUGUUACACUACAGUAUAUUAGCUUAGAGACUGACUGAAAAGCUAGUAACACUUAAAGUCAACAACUGGUGAAUUAUUUCAACUAACUGGUUUCAAAAAUAUCAUGAUUAUACUUUCAAAGAGGCCAUAAUUAAGUGAGACUUUUAAAGGGGAGUUCCUGUAUUUUUUAACCUGGGUCAUGUUUAGUUUAUUUACUCAAGAGAUGGUUUACAACGUUCAGGUUUGCUAAAGUUGCCUGCUUCUGCUUCAGCGAUAGACUUAAUUAAAAUACUGUAUAUGGAAAGCAUUAGUACCAUUUGGAGCGCCCUCUACUGGCUGGAUGCAGUGUUGAUAAUAAAGUUCACCUCCUCCAUGUUAACAGAUGGAACAUUUGUCAAACAAUUAGAAUAUACUCAAAGGUAAUUUUUUAAAACAUGGUUUCUGUCUUUGUCAAGGUUGUAAUGUUAAAUGUAAUGUUAAAAGACAAAGAUAAAAAGAAAAAAAAAACAUAGCCUUGACUCAGUUAUUUGAAGAGAUGACAAAAUUCUCCUCACUGACUGAAAAUGAAGGUGUUUUGGGUUUUAAUCUUGAUCUUGCGUCGUACGAUAGAUAACAAACAACUUGAGCACAAUCAUGUGACCUUGUUUAAUUCUAAGUGAUUCUUGGAUCCUUGUGGGUAUAAUGUGCGGGUUAGAUCUUUUACUGGACUCAGAUCCUGUGGACCUGUGAUGUUGCAGCAGUAGGAGGGACAAGGGGAAACUUUAAAUGGUUUAACGUUAAAAUGAAUGUUAACAGAACGCCUUUGAUUGAUGCUAAAAAUAAAAAUAUGACAAUCAUUUUAUUAGGCGAUGCCCCCUCAAAGAUGUUUCUGUCACAAGGCUGGUGAUAUUGACAAACCAUAAAUUUGACCAUAGCUAGAAAUAAAUGAUGACAUGUAAGUUAACUGCAUUUGCAAGUUAAGUUUAUGAAGUAAUGUGUCUUGCCUCUCCUGAAUUUGACUGAUUUUGUAAUCACUGUUAUCAUGAUAGCUUACAACUACAAUAAUUCCGCCAUGAAAAUCUAAUAACAUGAGCGCUCUGAUUGGAAUCCUGUAGUCAGAACCCAUUGAAGGGGAAAAAACAAGCACUAUGAAUGAGAUGUGCUCAUUUGUAAUCUCCCCAAACGAUUACACUGUGCCACCACAGCUGUGUCAUGACUGCAGUCUGAACCAGAACACUUCAAACCCAUAAACUUAACCACAAUCAAACACAGAACCCAGGUUCAAAACUACAGAAACUCACAGGCAAUUUCCCCAAAUUCUCCAAGGGCUCUGACCUCAUUAAUAAAUAUAUUUAAGAUUUCCCAUAAUGGCUGCAAAAACAAUUCAUGCAAGCCAAGGUUGGAACCAUUUUUCUGCCAGUUCUAUGUCAAGUCAGGUGUUUAGUAUCAGUAAAACAUACUGCUGGUAUUGUGAUAAGGGGUGUGUGAAGUCUUACAAUAUUAGUGCUAGUGCAUGAGUCAAACAUAUCAUCAUUGGCCAACCGUGACAGUAUUAUAAAUAUGAUGUACAUGCACCAGUGCACAAACAAUCCUGCUACUCUUCUUAGUCAUAUACUUCAAUCGGUGCAUUCAUUAUUUGUUGCAAACAGAUCUUCACGCUAUGAUGGUGUGUCAGAAAUAGACAGGGUAAUGCAAAGUAACCAAGGCUUUUGAAGACGGAUCAUCGUAGAGGAUUUGGUAUUAUAACGGCUAAGGAGAGAGGUACCUGAGGGGGAGGUUUUAAGAUUCAAAAACACAGAAGAGAAGCUGAAGUUGUUCUAGUUUGAUCACAUAUUGCGUACAUGUACUGUGGCUGUUUCUUUUAUAUUUACAUUAUGUACUUUUAGAGCGAGGCACUGUUAGACGUAAUCUUUUGUAAAAAAAACAAACAAACAAACAAUGGGGAACAAAAUUGUCUGAUCUGUUGUAACUUUGCUGAAAUCGCUGUUUCUGUGCUUUACAUUAUCAAUAAAAAUGAUCUUUUUAAAUGCCGUCA